CUGUUCCGAGCCGUUACACUAACAUGCUUGUUGCUGACGCUGAGCCUUUCUAAAAGUUAACAGCUGGUUACGUAACGCCCGGCACUAGAGCUAGGAUCUCCACUCUUCUCGGUCCCGUCCGCGCUCCGCUCCGCGUCGUGUUGUUCACUCUUGGCUUUGUUAUUAUCAGUCCAAAGUCCAACAGACAGAGACAGCUCACACACAACAGGACAAGGAGACCGACCACUCCGUUGCACCAACUUUUAUUCCCCCCCUACAAACUUUACGCCAAACCAGCGAUCACAAUGGGGAAAGGCUGCAUGAAGGCAAUCAAGUACUUCCUGUUCCUGUUCAAUGUCCUCUUCUUCCUGUUUGGCGCCCUCAUCAUGGGGUUCGGACUGUGGGUCCUUCUGGACAAUGAGAGCUUCAUGGUCAUCCUGCAAGAGUCCUCCACAGCGCUGAAGAUAGCUUCCUACAUCCUGAUAGGUGUCGGUGGUCUCUCCAUGUUGAUGGGCUUCCUGGGUUGCCUGGGGGCUAUCUACGAGAUCCGCUGUCUGCUGGGCCUGUACUUCACCUGCCUGCUGCUGAUUCUGAUUGGUCAGGUGGCAGCCGGUGUACUCAUCUACUUCCAGAAGGACCUGCUAAAUAAGGAGAUGUCCAACAUCGUGACCCAGAUCCUGAGCAACUACCCUGGCAAGAACAGCACCACCGAGCAGGCCUGGGAUUACAUACAGAGGACGAUGGAGUGUUGUGGAUGGAGUGGUCUUAUGGACUGGCAUGCUAAUGCUGUCAUAGUGAACAGUUCCCAGCUGUUGUUCCCGUGUUCCUGUCAGAACGUGUCUCUGGUUGAGGGUAACAACUCCUCCUUCGACAGUGGUUUCUGUGAGGCGCAGUCACUUGAUUGGCCCGUCUACGACAGGGGCUGUAACUCCAGUGUAGAGAGCUGGCUGUUUGCCAACGUUGGAGUGAUCCUGGGGGUCUGCCUGGGAGUGGCUGUCAUCGAGCUCCUGGGUAUGAUCCUGUCCAUAGGGCUGUGUAAGAGCGUACACACUGAGGAUUACACCAAAGUGCCAAAGUACUGAAGAUGAUGACGGGGGACGCUAUGACACACGCACACACACACACGCGCGCGUUCAAUGUUUAUUUGCUUUCAUUUUUUUGUUCAAUUUGUUUUUUGUUUUUGUUUGUAUUUUUGGGGGGGAGGCACUUGUCUUUUCUCUCAGUCCAGUUUCCAUCGGAGCACUUUAGAGACUGUAGUUAUGGAUUAGAGAGGAAGACGAGAGCAGACCCGGGUCACAGAGACAAACAGGAAAGAGAGAUGUGGAGAAAGUGAGGACAGGAAGCGUGAAGAGAGGACAGAGAAGACGAGGAUGUAGAAAGAGAUGGAGGGUCGUCUCCUACCCUCGGCAGAUGCAGUCUACCACAUCCUUGACUUCUGGGGAAAGAUCAAUUUUAUCAUCAGGAAUCAAUCGUGAUCUCCGUUGUUUGUCAGCUCUCAUAGGGUCCAAUCCUAACUUCAUAUAUGCAUGGGUAACUUUCAUGUUUUGAAAAAGUAAAAAUUUGAGAUUUUCAAUUGGAGAUUUGUGAAAAUGUGAGUUGCGUUCACAGAUCUCAAGUUCGGUCAACGGUUGUUAUUGAGUUGACCUGACUAGAAGAUGAAGAGUUCGGGUUAUUGGACUCCUGGGAAAUAAACAACGUUUAUUUUUUGUAUUUUCUGUUCUUCCGUGUUCAGUGAGGAGUUAUGCAUUUUUGUUUGUUGUAGUACCUUGUAUAUAAUUUAGUUUGGUAUUUCGUGAGCCUCUGAAUCUGCGUUUUUUUUUUUGUAAAGAUAUUUUUAUUUUCAUUGCAUGUUUUCUUUUCCAUGUAUUUCAUUUUUUUUGGUGCAGUUUUGAUAUUUUUCUUGAUAAUUUUGUUUAAAGUAAUAGGAAUAAUGAGAUACUAAAGAGGACCAAGAUUCUGCUACUUUAAAGUAAGGGGGGGGGGGGGCUUGGCCCGUAGGGGGGGGGGUUUCCCCGACUGGUGGCCCACAGGGGAUAUUAUUUGCUGCCCUACGUUUUCUGAGCUAGAUAUAUAUAUGUAAAUCUGUUCUAUAGUAUUCCCACGCGUAACAGAGGGAUAUAUGUGACUGUAUACAAAUCUAAGCAAGCUUUGAAGUGAUUAAGUUUUUAAGUUAAAUAUUAUAUCUAUUUGGUCUUCUUGAGGUCAAUUUUCAGUCUACAAAUGAUUUGUGUUCCGGCACCAUCCGCUCAAGAAACAAAUCAUCCCUGAAUCUAGUGAAUGACUGCUCUUAAAGGGGCUGCGCUCUUAAUUAUCCCCCUAGUGAAUGACUGCUCUUAAAGGGGCUGCGCUCUUAAUUAUCCCCCUAGUGAAUGACUGCUCUUAAAGGGGCUGCGCUCUUAAUUAUCCCCCUAGUGAAUGACUGCUCUUAAAGGGGCUGCGCUCUUAAUUAUCCCCCUAGUGAAUGACUGCUCUUAAAGGGGCUGCGCUCUUAAUUAUCCCCCUAGUGAAUGACUGCUCUUAAAGGGGCUGCGCUCUUAAUUAUCCCCCUCCCAUAGUGGCAAAGAAAGUCUCAGUUUACAAUUAUCUUUUGAUGACAAACAGAAUACUUUGUUAUGAAUUUUAUGUUGAUUGUGGCAUCUUUUCGGGUUGUGAGUUACUCUGAAGCUUUUCAUCUUUUUUUUGUGAUGACGGCUUUCACGUAAAUAUCUAAUUUUCCUUCAGAAGACAAACAUACGUGUUUCGUUAAGAAAUGAACCAUUUUGUUUUAACCCUGAUCAAAAAACAAAUAAUGUUAUUUGACCUUUUUCUGUGAGUGAAGAGCAAAUUUAAAUAACAGAAGCUGGGUUCUGUUUUUUGUUAAGAAGAGAAACGUCCGUUUUGUUCUUGAGAAAAGAUCCAUUUUGGACCAGAAAUUCUUUAUGUACAGUAAAUCAUUCCGAAUUAAAUUCAUGUAUAUUUUUUAACUUUGAAUUAAGGUUUUUGUUUUAUAUUUAGGCUUUUCCUCUUUUGUUUUGUUGUCUGAUUUGAUAACCUUUGACCUUGGAGUCAUUUUUCAUUUUUUUUACCGGUAGGACUAUUAAUUUAGAACUUGAUGAACUUCUGUCUACUAGCUUGAUCAGUCGACGUAUACUCACCCCCAUUGACACUGUUUUGAUUUGAUCAAUAAACAUUGAAUAAGACUGA